AUGGAGGUGGUUGGAACUGCUGCUGCAGUCAUUCAGCUCGCUGGUGUGGGCCUCACACUCGCGAAAACACUAUACAGUGUCAGCGACGACAUUUCAUCUGGGAAGAAACAAGUCAGAGACCUGGCAUUCUACGUCCAGUCUACUUCCGUGGUGCUUGAAGAAGUUGGCAAAGUUUUCAAGGAAGAAGGCGCCGCGCCAGAACCCUUGAUAUCAAACAGUGCCAUCACCACAGCUAAUGACGUGGUCACGAGAUGUAAAGGGAUUUUCGACAAACUAAAUGCAUUCGCAAACGAAUCACGGCAUGAUACUUUUGGCUCCUUAAUAUUGAUUCUUAGGAGCUCACGCCGCCAAAGACUUCAAGCCGGAUUAGAACAAUCGAAAAGUGAUCUUCAGCUUAUGAUGCAGGUCAUUAUUUACGCUCGGUUGAAAACAGAGACACAUGAUGCGACUGAAGCGGCGAAUUUGCUGAACGCUCUGAAACAAACGAUUCACGAAAAUAAAUCAAUCCAUGAAAGAAAUUUGCAAUGGCAGCAGCAAGAGGAGCAAGAGGAGAAAGAGGGAAGGCUCGAUCUGGGAGGGCGGAUCACCUACACAGAGCGCCUCGACGAGCACUGCAAUACAGAGCAAUCCUGUCGUUCCGACAGUUUUACGGAGUCGUUACCCACAGCCGUCAACAGUGCGAUCAAUGAAUACAAAUACAACCAGUGA